GAAUAACUUCAGCAUCCUCUAUUUCUCUCUCCUUUUACCUUCUUCUUCCUCCUCCGUCCUAAUUUUACUGCUCGACCACCACCACAACCACUGCUGCUUCUACUACAGCUGCAUCAAUGAAGUAUGGCCAAGCUCUUUACGAGCGCAGCGUCCCUCAAUGGGCGCCUUAUAACAUCGACUACAACGAGCUAAAGUCUCUCAUCCGCACGCACACCACCCCGCCCCCAGGCUCGUCGCACUCCAACACCAGCCAGCCCGUCGCGAUACCCGGCCAGGCCGACGAGGCACUGUCAUGCUUCGAGGCACGCUUUGCGAGGGAGCUGGGGGCGCAGCAUGCGAGGGUUGAUUUGUUCGUGAGGAGCAAGGCGGAUGAGUUUCACAGGCGAUUGAGUGACUACGAACAGAAACUGAUCCGACUUAUUGCUCGUGGAGACCCGGAGAGUGGAGGGAUAAUGACGGCGAGGAGGAGGGAAAGACUCGCGAGAUUGGAGACGAGAGUUUUACGCUGCACAGACGACAUCCGCAACCUCGACCGCUUCAUCCAAGCCCAACGCAUCGGCUUCCAAAAGAUCCUCAAAAAAUACCGCAAAUGGACCGGCUCCCCCACCCUCCCCCGCCUCACCGACCCCUUCCUCUCCCCCACAACAUCCUUCACCCACCUCUCCCUCCUCCCCCUCCUAACCGCCUUCACCGACCUCAGCACCCGCAUCGCCGCCUUCUCCCCUCCCCCAUCCUCGACAAGCACGCCCCUCACCCUCUCCCGCCGCUCCUCGCAACCCCUCCCCCACUCCCCCGUCGCAGCGCGCAAUAAAGCCGUCCAAACAGCCGCAUACUGGAACGAAUACGACUACCCCAGCGACGGCGGCGGCGCCGAAGAACCAUACACCAUCGCCUUCGACGCCACCGCCGACGACAGCGCUUUCCCAGGCCAACAACGCAUGGCCAAGGCUCUUGCCUACAUCGGCGAAAAAACAGCCGUGCUGGGGUGGUUCCGUCCCACCUCCUCGGGGGGGGAAUCUUCUUCCAAGGGAGAACGCCGCGCUUUACUCGGUAGCAGCGGCCGUACCUCUGAUCUGGAGACGGGAGAAGAGGAGGACUUCGAAGAUUACGACGCUGAGGGUUUUCCACUCGGUUAUGAGACGCAUUACGCUACGUUCCCGUCGAUCGCUACGCAGCGACUUACUGCGCAGAGGAGUAGACUGCUCUUGCUCGCGCUGGUGGCGUGUUAUACUUCUUCCUCGCUGCUGAUGGGGAUUAGCGGCAUCUUGGUUGCGACUGGACGCAACAGGUUGAGAGCUGAAGUCGACGCAGGGGUGAUUGCUGGUGUGGUGGCUGCCCUCGGGUUCGUGGGCGUGGGUGUUAGAGUCGGUGCUUUGAGAUGGGAGGAAGCAGGUGUGUGGGAGAAAGUCGGAGUUGUCGUCGGGUUCGUGGCCGGGUGUAUGGUGGGAGGCGGGUUGUUGGUAGGUGUUAUGGGCGGCUGAUGAUACCUGCCGUACCAGAGACGAUUUUGAUAUCUUGGAGUUUUGCGAGGGGGGUUUGUUUUUUUGGGUAGCGGACAGCGUCAGGAUGUGGGAAAGGGGGGGGAGGGAAUUUUUGGUGUCUUUUUUAGAGGACGUACAAGAUGGGAGGGAUGUACAUACGCCACGAUACGAUGAUGAUAUAUAUAGGGAAGCCACACCGCUACUGGGCGUUUUUUUUUGUUGGAUAUUUGAGUUUUUUUAGCGCUGCGAGGAGGAGGAGGGUG